AAACCUGCGAGAUAUAUCUGUUCUUUUAUCAGAUUUGAUGCAAAACACGCCGAUUAGAUUGUCGCAGCUGCUCUGAGAAGAUCGAGCCAGCUCAGUAGUAUUCUAUUCUCUUACCAUUUCCUCAUUAGACGUAGGUUUUUGCUGUCCAAUGAAUAAGUUGAUUCUAAACUUGUGCUAUAGUCGUUUGCAUUUGGCCUUCUUUAAUAGCUCGAGGGAGUUUUCGUAAAGCAUUAAGCUUAGAUUCUACUGAAAAAAAUGGAAACACAGUGGGUUUCAACAGAUACGGGUACUUGAUGUCGCCCCAGCGGUAUAAAGCAAAUGUGUCAUGCGCAUUGUUGUACUCGCACUGAUCGUGAAGGUUAUUCUCUCUCAACUUUCGCAUGUUCAGUCACACGUCUCCUUGAACACACGGCAUCUGAGAUUCGAUAACAACUGUUUUACGAUGAUCGACUCGAACCCGCACAGAACCAAAGAAACGCCAUUUUUAGUCCAAGAAAACAAACAUGAAUCAAAGGAACUGAGAGACGAAGAAAACGGAUCGAUUACGAAACAGAAAGGCGACRAAAUUCUAUUAGAUAACCACCAAAUGUCUAUAAAUUACUGGAAUGAAAAUUUAGGAAUUCAACAAAAUUGUUUGAUAGAGACCAAACUUAACGUCACCGAGAACUACUCCAUGUUGGAUUUGUACAAGUUUUUGUUGAGCGGUUCAUUCAAGAUUAUUUAUAAUUUCUCAAGAACGGAUUCGUUACUCAUCAAAAUUCUACUUCUCGUUGUAAUCCGUCUCUUGUUCAAAGGUUCUUGUCAAACUGAACUUCAAUGCUUAUCUUUCGCUUUUCUAAACUUGGAUUUGUCUUUUGCUACCCUCAUUUCUCCGUCGCCAUCUUUUUCUACGUCAUGGGAAACAUCGUCAAUAUCAAGCCAUGUAGGAAGCCAUUUGAAUGCUACGCAUCUGGGGAGACUAGUUAUGAGUAAUUCAGUUCAAGUAUUGCCUAGUGUUAAUGCUAAAAGUUUAAAGGAAUCUUUGAAAACCGCAAAUAAGUUGUCUUAUGAUAGAGGAGAGUGUGACAUGGGCUGGAUUCAAUUUGAAAGUUAUUGCUACUUCCCUUCGAAUGAACCAAUGAUAUUCAAUCAUGCGCAGAGAGCAUGUUCCUAUCGCGCCGCUAAUCUAAUAUCAAUUACAAACAAGAGUGAAAACGACCUCAUUUUUAACAUUUCGAGAGAUUAUUUUGGAUUUCCCAAAAAUACUUUUGUGUGGCUUGGAAUGGAGCGCCGAGAAGCAACGUCCAAACUUCACUGGAUCGACGAAAAUAAGUUGGAUUAUCAAAACUGGAUCUUGGGAGAGCCGGAUGCUAACGGCGCAUGCGUACAAAUGAUUAUUAAAGGAUUGUGGGAAGAUUGCACGUGCAUGGAGAAAAACUAUUUCAUUUGUAAGAAACGUAGUUCUUAUCCUCCUCCAUACUCCAGGUCAACAGAACUUGGUAUUCUCAUCGGGAUUCCAUUCACCUUCGCCUUCAUCGUUCUCUUUGUCGUAACAAUACUCAUCUUCAAAAGCAUCCGAGACGCCGAUGAUACGUUCUACGGUUACGGUAAAAACCGGAACAAGGAAAAGAUGCACGCUGCCAUCGUCAACGUCACAGCAAGUAUUGCGCAUGUCUCGGCCGAGGCCACCAAGUCGCAUCGAAACGAGGCAAACCCGCAUAAACAAACGUCAAGGUCUUCUUCUAGGUCCCAGUCUCUGCCCUCCUCGCGUGUUAACCCAGCCGUUGAUGUUUCUGAUACUGGGUCCCAAUCACCAAUCCCUCAGUCGUCGGAACCAAGGAUCAAAGUUUCAGACGCAGAGGCUCAGUCACAUGACAAUCUGGGGGUCGAUGUCUACGAUAUUUUAAACUUUCCUGUUCAAAAUCGUAAAAAUAUGAAUGGUAAUCGUAGUGUUCCUGCGGAACAUCGAGGUAGGGUUGAUUUGGAAGAGAUUGAAUUGCAAGCAUGCGGUUCUGCUGUCAGCCUGGACAGGGAACCUUCUCGAUUCCAAUCCACUACCAGCUUAUAUCAUCUAGUUUCUAAAUCUUAUAUUAAACCGAAAAGUCGAAAGCUGCGUGGCCUGAGGAAACCAGAAGCAAUUAUACGACCUUCUGGGAAAGAAGGAGUCUACAGAAAAAAGACUUCUGUCUAAUUUACGCGUCACGUGAUCGAUACGUGAUUUGUCUUUUGUAAUCACGUGAUAAUCCUCCAGCAAAUAGGGGGGCGUUUGUUUACGUGUUAGCAUGUGACAAGCACCAAGUACGCACGUGAUCAAUACGUGGUCAAUCCCCAUGUUAGCACGUGACAAGCACCAAGUACGCAGGUGAUCAAUACUCGAUCAAUCCCAUGUUAGCACGUGACAAGCAUCAAGUACGCACGUGACCAAAUCUCAAUGUCAGCACAUGACAAACACAAAGUAAGCACGUGAUAACCACCUAGCAAGCAUGAUGAAUAUGUCAUGUACUUUAAAACCUUGCGUCCACCACAAGACAUCAAAUAUAUUUAAAAUUGAUUUCUGAGCACAUGUAAGAAUUAUCACCCCACAUAUUCACAUCGAUAUUUUGAUAGCAUUUUAUAGAUACAGCAGCGCAUGCGCAAUACACUUUAUAUUUAAUAUAGCUUACAGUUUAUAUUUAAUUACAAGACUCAGCCUCUUUCACAUUUCCACGCGCAUUCACUAGCUUCGAUUCAGACCACGAGUCAAUCCCUUGAGAAUUAUAUUCUUUGUUUGUGUUGUAUCCAUUUUGAUGUGCCUUCUCGUGUGUAACCGUUAAACAAAGAAAUAAUACUCUAUAGAAUGACAGGAGGUCUGAAGUGAGAAAACAUUACGACCAAGUCAUAAGGUCUGUUUGGUUACAUAUUCCGUAUUCCUUCAAGCAGAAGGCUUCAAGAAUGGAGAUUGUUCGUAAAUUUCUAAAGUGAAAAUUCUACGAAGAAUACUGAUUAUAGUACAACAAUAUUAUAGGCAAUUACGAGGACUAACUUUUAUCGAACCAAUGAGAGAAAAGAAUAUUUAACUUCAGGUUAAAUGUCGCAGAAUUGCAACAAUUGUACAUUAAUUAUUCGUUAAUUUAUUUUGACCUUAGAUACAGAUGUGUAUAUUUUGUCGUAAAUAAACGAUCUUUUCUUAA